AUGACCCGUCGUUCGCCGGGUGAGAUCCUCACCUCGUUCUCGGAGCUAGGCUCCUCUCCAGCGUCACACUCGGCGUCCCCUUCCCGCAGGGCAGCUCAAGCCAUCAGGAGCCGAUUCCUCAGCAGUCCGGCGACGGCUGCAGCGGCACGGGGCCUGCAUGAGAUAGGCGACCGUUGUCGAUGGUCCCUCUCAUCUGCCAAGCCUGGGUAUGGGGUACUUCAAUUGAAGGACAAUUCCGAAGAGACGUUCUGGCAGAGUGAUGCGAUGUCAGCGAUUACCUAUUCCAUGGACGAGCAAAGGGCUCAGCAGCCGGGUGAGGUUCAUAUGUUCGUCUCGUACAAGGCCGAUGAGUCGUACACUCCCUCAACCAUUUCCGUUCGGAUAGGAAAUACCCUUUUUGAUCUCAACGAAAUCCAGAGAUUGGCUUUAUAUCAGCCAGAAGGGUGGAUAGUCAUACCGCUAGCUCUUACACGGACGAAUGACAAUCCUGAUUACCAUCUCCAACGAGGAGUUACUUUCCGGGAUGAUAUUGUUGCACAAUCGUUCGUGAGGACCUUCUACCUCCAGCUCGCUAUCCUGAACAACCAUCAGAACGGCCGAGAUACUCACAUACGACAAGUCCGUGUAUAUGGUCCCCGACCACCUGAGCCGUCAAUAGCUGUCACCAACGGCGGAGACGAGGAGAACUGGGGUCUAUCGGUUUUCAACACGACCACGAUGCUGCCACCAUCGACACUUAGCGAACCGCAGACGACUAAAGUGGCGCACAGUGAAUCGCACACGAGGGAUACUCGUGGGACCGCCUCGGCUAAGAAGUGGCUUCGAAUGAUACUCGAGGAAACUAGAAAAACAGCUAUCGAACGGCUCCUGGUGGUAGAGCAAAGUUUGGGGAAUCUCGAAAACGUCGCGAUUCUGCGACGAUCGCUGGACGAGUUGAAAUGGCGACAGUGGGAUCGGAAUGGGAGAAUGACCAGGAACGAUGGCUGCAGGCUAAAUCGCCGUGAACGUCGCUCCCGCUCGGUUGGCAGCUACUCGAAGAUUGACACAGUGGAGUCCCCCGAGAUUGGCGGCAUCACGGAGAAGGUUGGGAAGAAGGACCAGUUGUUCAAAUCAGCGGUCCUCAAUCGGUUACAGGAGUUACGAUCGGACGAGUGA